CUCGUUUGGUGCCAGUUUGCUCAUUGGACAUAGUGUAAAAUAAAAAAUAUUAAGGGUAUGAAAAGAGGAAGCGAUAAGGAUAUCGAGGGUUUAAAAGAACACAAUUGGGAAAUUUAUAUGUAAUGACAACUAUGGCCGUUCCUGCGACUCUUCCAGUUCACUCCGGGACUUCUGCGGUGUCCGGUAAACUUUUCAGGACCGACCCGUUCUACACGAGUCCCGCUGACUCGCCGCAACUGAUAAACUCCCUGAACGCGACGCUUCAAUGCGGUGCGGCGACAAACGAAUGCAAAAUCGUGGAGGUGCAUGGGGUGAAAGUAGCUUCUUUCAGCGUUGAUGGACAAGAGCUAAUUUGUCUCCCGCAAGUCUUUGACCUUUUUUUGAAGCACCUCGUCGGCGGACUGCACACAGUGUACACGAAACUCAAGCGUUUGGAUAUAAACCCGGUGGUGUGCACUGUGGAGCAGGUGCGCGUGUUGCGCGGACUUGGUGCCAUCCAACCCGGAGUGAACCGCUGCAAACUCAUUUCGAGAAAGGAUUUUGAGGCGCUGUACAACGACUGUACCAACGCAAGCUGUCGUCCUGGCCGCCCACCGAAGCGCUCCUAUGGCCCCAGAAUCCUCCACCACAGAGCAAACAGCCUGCUUUCUCCAGCCCUGCUGUCACCCACAGACCUGACAACAGCAGCGAUGGCUGAAGCGUUGAAGAUUCAGAAGAUGAAGAUGAUGAUGAAUUUACACAAGAACAACAAUGGCUCAGAAUUCGAUUCAGAUGAGCUUAAUUCUAAUACAGGACAUAUUGGUUUGUCUUGGGAGAGAGAGAAACAUCCGUCACCUGCUUCAGAGAAAACACAACACAGCAUGAACAACUCUCAGCUCAACUCUCUCCAACACACCCAUCUACUGGCCAACAGACUGGACCUGCCCUUCAUGAUGAUGCCGCAUCCCCUGCUUCCUGUUGGACUUCCUCCGGCCUCUGUUGCCAUGGCAAUGAACCAGAUGAACCACCUUAAUACAAUUGCCAACAUGGUUGCCAGUGCACAGGUGCACAGCUCUGUCUCCAGGCCGACAUCUGUCAUCAAGCAGGAGUGUUUUGAAGAUGGUCCUUUUCUGACACCAUCUGUAGAAGGGAACGUUCCUCAGAAAACAGAGCCAUCACCUCAACAUACCAGUUCAGAUUCCAGCAGCCCCACACACCCUUACACACACUCUCCACAAAAAGCAGCUUAUGACAUUCAUGAUGAACAAAGGAAGACAGAGACAACUCUGCAUAUGAAAAGGCUUUCCAAUGACAGGGUUGAGCAGAACGCGGUGAAGCCAACGAUUUUUGAGAAGAUCCCGCCUCCAAAGUUUCCUGCGGGAUUCCCUGCUUCCCUCCUAUUUACAGACGGCCUCUCCUCCGUCGAGACACUUCUCACUAAUGUCCAGGGUCUGCUAAAGGUAGCUUUGGAGAAUGCUCGUGUGCAGGAGAAGCAGCUUCAGCAGGAGAGGAGAGAGCUGAAGAUGGAGCUGUACAGAGAGAGAGAGAUGAGAGAGAGUCUAGAGAGACAGCUCACUUCUGAGUUACGCAGUCGAGCCACCAUUCAAAGACGUCUGAAGAAGGAGAAGAAGGCAAAGAGGAGGUUGCAGGAGGCUCUGGAAUAUGAGUCCAAGAGGAGAGGGCAAAUCGAGCAGGUCUUACAGCAGGCCACCUCAUCAGACUCUCUCACACAUGAUCCAAUCAGUCUGGACAUGGAGACGGAGCACUGCAAAAGCCCCGAGGAAAAUUGCAUGUUACAAGAAAGCAGAACAUACACAAAGAACCCAAUAAAGUACUAAGAAGAGGCAACAUCCUAAUAAAAGGCAAGCCUGAUCUCCACAUUGAACCUACUCACAAAAACAAGACACUUCCCAAAUUCAGGUUCCAGAGAGGACUUUGUGGCUUUUUAAAUAAUGAAGAGAUGUUGGAGAAUAUCUGAUCUUUGAGUGAAAGCAUCAUUCCCAUCCUCUGAACCUCACAGCAUUCCAGAUUACUCGAUGGUUGUUAUAUCUACAUAGACUUUACAUAAUUCCCUUCUUAAGCUCACUUGAUGUUUGAAGAGCAGUAAUGCCUUCCUGUUAUUUGUUCAGAGGUAUCUACUGAUAUGGAUUCUGGCAUCACUUUAAGAACAGUGACCCGCAGUUCCAUGUGCUCAAGAUGGAAUGAUGAAAAUGUAAAAAAUGGGAUAAGACAGGGAGCUUGUUUCUGUCUUUCAGAGAAGACCACAUAGUGUUUUUAAAUCUUCUUGUUUGAAAGACUCAAAAUAGAAGAGUAUGAGAACAUUACAUUUUGUUGCUUUUCUCUUUGUCAAUGUUCUCAUUUUCUGUCCAUUUCUUUGUAGGUUUGAUUAGAUUCCCAAUGCUUUGAUUAAUCACAAAAAAAGAGUUGAGAGUUGAAGAGUUUUUUUUUCCGACUGUAUGUGAUUGUUUCCUAUUUUUAUGACCUUGCAUUAUUUAAUUGGCUGAAUGAAAAUCACCUUAAUCCCUUUCCACUCAUUGAAUGUACUCACUGUAUUCUGUAUUUUUAAUAGUUAUGUGUUAAAAUCCUUCUUAAAGUCAACAUGAAAUCAAACUUUACCCUUUUUACUUUCUUAGUAAAAAGGGUCUAUACGUUCCUGGUCUUACUGUGAACAAAUCGUUGGUGCACAUUAUUCUAAAGAGUCUUUGUAAUAUUUCAAAAAAUUUACAUCAUGCCCUCUUAUUUUUGAGCCCCUCCCCUCCAACCACCUGUCAUGUGGAGACCACUUUUCACAAUCCAAUCAAUUGCCGAAAAAUUAAAUGAAGCCCCUCCCUAUUUUUUUCUCAUUAAAUAUCCUGUCCAAUUAUAGAAAUAAAAUGGGUUGUGAAUGCUGUUUUUUGUUGACUUAAAUGGAAAACGCAUGUUACUGUAUUUCAAAAACAUCACCACACUCGUUCAAGUGUUGUUUCUCGAAAGUCUCCUUGAAAGUUUCUCGCUUUAUGUGUUAAGGAUGCUUUUGGUUUGUAUGAAACCUGUGGAUUUAGUAAAUGUGUUUUCCUGUUCCCAAGCAUUUACAGAGAUUUGAUUCACUAACCAUUUUAGCAUUGGCUAAAACUAGACCCUAGACCACAUUGGAUAUUAUCUUAUGUGUUUGGCAUUUUUCCCAGCAUAUGAGUCUUUAUUUAGUCUGAGAGUUACUUAGAGGAAAACAGACUUCCCAUGGAACAGAAUUUCCUGCUGAUUUCAUCAGGAUGAGCCAUCGAUCCUAUUGACUUUCAAAUGCUAAUUGAUGUCUCAAAAGGUCCAGAUCAAUGUCUGUCACCAUUUUAUCCUCCAAAAUGAAGCAACAACACAAAUAAACAAAGGAAUGCUCAUGUCACUGGUGUCACCUUGUCAUCAGUAAUGUUCCUGAUGAAGCAAAAGCCAUCAAACAGUCCUAUUGAUUCAGGUCAUGCAAAUGAGACCCCAUUAAUAGCUUAAAUGUCUCUGAGCUGCUAAGUGUAUGGCCUUUAUUGACAGAUAUCAAAGUCUUCAUUUACAUUCAUAGUUUGUAGUUACUUUUUUUUUUUUUUGCAAUACAAAAGGACUGAUGGAUGGAUUACGCUUUCCCCAUCUUGUUCCAAAACCUGCUGUUUUUAAUCCUCUGUGUACACAAAAGUAAUUUUCCUAUUAAAAUCAUGGUAUAGGCUUUGGG